AUGGCAAUAAAAAUGAAGUCAAAGGAAAAGUUGUGUUGUAGGCGUUUAAGCAGGGAGUUGUCCAUGGACAAUUCUAGGUUUGAAGUUUAUUAUAGAAAUGAAUCAGCGACAGUUCCAUUCAUGUGGGAAUCUCAACCAGGAACUCCCAAAUCCAACUUCUCUGAAAUCACACUCCCUCCAGUACUCACUCCUCCACCUUCUUUUCAUGUCAAUAAGAAAAAACAUACACUAAAGAAAUCCAACUUCUUACAAACUGUUCUUUUCCUUCCUAGAUUAAACCUCAAGAAAAGUAGGCUUCUAUCAUCCCCUACUAUUUCUAAUUCAUCUCCGUCAUCCUCAUCAACAUUGUAUUCUGUUCCAACAUCUCCAUAUGCACCGCGACAAGUUGGAUUUUCAAGUCCAAGAUUGUCAUUUGAUGAUCACGAAGAUGAUUAUGUGGUUUCCUCGACUCCAUGCUUUCGUUUUGCUCGUGGUGCUAACACUAGGAGUCGUGGCUGCUCUGCAAGUAUGAUCAAGCUAUUGUUCGGAGAAGUUGCAUGA